AUCUCGGUUGAAUUGUUGAUGUUGGUGUUGUAGGUUAAGUUUAAAACAACAGACCGCAAUAAAAAAAGUGUUUUGAUACAUAUAUAUACAUAAUCUUAUUUAAACAAUCAUAACAAACAAAUAAAUAUGGAAUUAAAUGAAGACGACUGGUAUGUUGAUUGUUCUGAUGAAGAAAAAUACGACGUUAUUUCCAAGGAUGACUGGUAUCUUAAACCUGAUAGUCUAAUAAAUAUGAUAAAUAAAAUGGAGUGUAAUAAACAGUGUCUGGAUUUAGAAUGGAAGUGUCCUGGUAGAAGAGGACCAUCACCAAUUCCUCUUAAUAGUCACCAACCUGACCACGAAUUGUCUGAUUACAAGAUUGAAGAGAAAGAUAAUUUUGAUUUUAUGGACGAAAUGUCAUCGCCACGACUUCCUGUAAGAAGAGUAGGCGAGGCAACACCCAAAGGCAGCGCUAAAAAGAAAACAGCGAGUUUCAAUGGCGCCUUGUCAACAAUAAUACGUCACAGACGUCAAGAGCAACAAGAAAUAAGUCUAAGUCCUAAGAAAAUAGACCCCAAUUCAAUUUCACAAAAUAUUAAACUACAUCCGUCGUAGUACCGACUUCUUUUCUUUUUUUUUUUAUAACAAACUAGAGCGUCUAUGAAUUUAAAAUUCAAAAAAUUAAAUUGUAAUUUAAAUUUUAAGAAAUAUUUUAUAUUUAUGUACAAUAGUAUAAGUAUUUAUAAUAUUAAUUAUUUAAAAUAUGUAAUUGUAAUUAAUAGUAUUUUAAUUUACUGUUCAAAUAUUUUUUUUAAGGCUUUGUGUUGUAAAAAUUAAUGACUUAAUAAUAACUAGAUAUUUUUUUCUAUGAUAGUUAUAGAUUUAAUUAAAAUAAAAAUGACAAUGGAACAGCAGCAUGAAUAUUUUUUUCUACUUUAAAGUAUAUGACGUAAAAAGAAAAUGAACAAGAAGAGAAAAAAUGAGAAAAUGUCGGAGAAGGCUGAAGUUACAGCAGGUAAAAGUUUAUAAAUGAAGAAAUAAAAAAUAUAUAUGAUUUAUGAAUACAUUAGAGUGAUGAGUGGUGGUGGUGAGUACAAGGGUUUAAAAUGUAAAAGCUGGUGGGGAAGUUGGGGAAGGUCUUCGAACCCCCGUUCGUGAUACCGGAGCUGUACUAGCCUACUCUGAAUUUAUGUGGUGAAUUUUAGUCUGCAUUGCGCAUUCACCUCGCAGGCGCAACGUGUGCUAUCGCGAAAGACCGCGACGUGAGGACGCGACGCUUGUCACCGUUUUUUUUCACCACUGUGCGGUCCUCGCGGUCGUAAUCCCACUCAACCAGCCCCCACAUUAACUUUGACUUUUUUUAUCCAUUUUUAAAUAUUUUAAAUAAAUAAAGUUAUCAACUACUCAUAUUGUUUCUACGUUCGAGUACUUAUCGAUCUCUGUUUUCUGAUAACUCGCACUGAAACUACUGCCGUGUUUAUUAAAU